AUGAAAUUCUCUUUUUCCCUCGUCGCCCUGGCUCUCGGCGGCACCGCCCUGGCAUUACCAACCGCCGAGCUCGAAGCUCGUCAGAACAGCGGCUCCUACACUAUCGCCGGACUCGGAGCGCGCAAGAAGCAGAUCACCGCGGCCGGCGCCAACACUUUCGAUCUUGCGAUUGCCAUGCUCGAGAGCGAGCACAUGACAGCGGACUACGCCUACGGCGACAACAAGCAGCAGGACAGCGCCAACUUCGGCAUCUUCAAGCAGAACUGGGGCCUGCUGCGCGAGUGUUGCCCGCGCUUCAAGGGCCAGCCGCAGAGCAACUGGAACAACGGCGCCGUUCUGAACUCUAACCUUAAUGCCGAUGUUCAAUGCCUGACAGAGCCUGAGUGCCAGAACUACUACGGCCUUGACAGACAUCCAGAACUACCGCAACGCGUCAAUUACAUCCAGACUCAGCUUACUACCCGGCCCAAUGGCCUCACGAACGAUGUUCGGUACUGGGUCUACGUUGUGCCGAUCUAG